UUUCUCCUCCAAUGGGUUUUCAGAAGGAGACGAGGAGAGAGGACGCGAGGAGGAACUCAUUGAGAUCAUCCCAUAGGAAGCUAGAAUGAGAGGUAGUUAUUCAGACACAACUGCAAAUUAAAAACAAUCUCACUGAUUGAGAGAGUGGAAAACUACCGCAAGUAAGCAUGGCCAAUAUCACGAAGAAAGUGUCGUGGUCGAGCCGGGGUGACGAGUCCGGUGGCGGCGAGAGAACCCCACUUCUCAACGGCUCGGAAGAAGUCCGAUACACCAGACAGUUGUCCGGGGACGGUGGUAUGUUUCACAUAGGCAGACUGAGCACGGUGGAUCUGGAGGAGGAUAUGACGUCAGACGAGGACUCAGUGAGGGGCUGUCCCAAGGAGAUCCCUCACAACGAGAAGCUGCUGUCACUCAAAUAUGAGAGUCUGGACUAUGACAACAGUGAGAAUCAGCUGUUUCUGGAGGAGGAGAGACGGAUGAGCUUCUUAGGGUUCAAGUGUUUGGAGAUCAGUCGGUGGGUGAUCUGUGGUCUGAUUGGCUUCCUGACUGGACUCAUAGCCUGUUGCAUCGAUAUCGCCGUGGAAAACCUGGCUGGGGUCAAGUACUUCGUUGUCAAACAGAACAUCGAGAAGUUUACGGAGGUGGGAGGUCUCUCCAUCUCUCUCAUCCUCUGGGCUGUGCUGAACUCGGCCUUCGUCAUGGUGGGCGCUGUCAUAGUGGCGUUCUUCGAGCCAGGAGCAGCAGGAAGUGGUAUACCCCAGAUAAAGUGUUAUCUGAACGGAGUGAAGAUACCCCGGGUGGUAAGACUCAAGACCCUAGUGGUGAAGGUGUGUGGUGUGAUCUGCUCUGUCGCCGGAGGACUCGCUGUCGGGAAGGAAGGUCCCAUGAUCCACUCUGGUGCCGUGGUGGCAGCAGGAGUCUCCCAGGGACGCAGUACCUCCCUGAAGAAAGACUUCAAGAUCUUUGAGUAUUUCCGUCGAGACACAGAGAAGAGGGACUUUGUAUCAGCAGGAGCGGCUGCAGGAGUGUCUGCUGCUUUUGGAGCACCAGUCGGUGGUGUUUUGUUCAGUUUGGAGGAGGGGGCUUCUUUCUGGAACCAGAUGCUCACAUGGAGGAUAUUCUUUGCGUCCAUGAUCUCAACAUUCACUCUGAAUUUCUUCCUGUCCAUCUACAAUAAGAAACCUGGAGAUCUCUCCAGCCCUGGUCUUAUCAACUUCGGACGCUUCGAGAGUGACAGUGUGGCCUACAACCUCUAUGAGAUUCCCUUGUUCAUUGUAAUGGGAGCUGUAGGUGGACUGCUGGGAGCUCUGUUCAAUAUCCUCAACUACUGGCUGACAAUAUUCAGGAUCAGGUACGUCCACCGGCCCUGUCUCCAGGUGAUGGAAGCCAUGCUAGUUGCCGCGGUAACGGCGACGGUGUCGUUCGCCAUGAUCUAUUUCUCUAAUGACUGUCAGCCUCUCGGACCUGACCAGUCAGAGGACUAUCCUCUACAGUUGUUCUGUGCGGAUGGAGAGUAUAACUCCAUGGCAACGGCCUUCUUCAACACCCCUGAGAGGAGCGUCCGCAGCCUCUUCCACAACCCACCAGGUUCCUACAACCCUCUGACUCUAAGUCUGUUUACGUUGACCUAUUUCUUCUUGGCCUGUUGGACCUAUGGCCUGACUGUCUCAGCUGGAGUCUUCAUCCCGUCUCUGCUCAUAGGAGCUGCCUGGGGAAGACUGUUUGGAAUACUGCUGGCUUCUAUCACGCCUAACGGAUCGAUUUGGGCCGAUCCAGGGAAGUAUGCUUUAAUAGGAGCUGCAGCACAACUGGGGGGCAUAGUGAGGAUGACUCUCAGUUUAACAGUCAUCAUGGUGGAAGCAACAGGAAAUGUGACCUACGGUCUCCCCAUCAUGUUGGUGCUGUUGACGGCCAAGGUAGUAGGGGACUACUUUGUGGAGGGUCUGUAUGACAUCCACAUCAAGCUGCAGAGUGUUCCCUUCCUGCACUUAGAGGCCCCUGCCACCUCCCACUGGCUAACAGCCAGGGAGGUGAUGGGUGCCCCAGUCACCUGUUUUAACCGUAUAGAAAAGGUUGGCACCAUCGUGGACGUCCUUAGCAACACCUCCACCAAUCACAACGGCUUCCCUGUCGUCGUGCCGGUCGCCGCUAGCGAUGAUAUGGGGAAGAUCUGUGGACUCAUCCUUCGUUCUCAGCUCAUUGUUCUGCUCAAACACAAGGUGUUUGUAGAGCUGGCUCGGUCCAGGUUGACCCAGAGGAAGCUACAGCUGAAGGACUUUAGGGAUGCCUACCCUCGCUUCCCCCCCAUCCAGAGUAUCCACGUAUCACAGGAUGAGAGGGAGUGCAUGAUGGACCUUACAGAGUUCAUGAACCCUACACCCUACACCGUACCACAGGAGACGUCUCUUCCUCGUGUGUUUAAGUUGUUCAGAGCUCUGGGUCUCAGACACCUGGUGGUAGUGGACAGUGAGAACAGGGUUGUGGGUCUGGUGACUAGGAAGGACUUGGCUCGCUACCACAUGGGGAAGCACGGACUGGAGGAGAUGCAACUGGCUCAGACAUGAUACACAUACUACUAUUAUUAGUACUACUACACACACACACAGACACUAUUAAACGCAUACACACACACACACACACACACACACACACACACACACACACACACACACACACACACACACACACACACACACACACACACACACACACACACACACGACCUGAGAGACUACACUGGCCACCUGUUGCCUAGUUACCUGUGAGACCCCCCAUCUAUGCAUUCUGAUACUCCGGGGGUUAGAGGUCAGAGGUCCUUGUCAAUCACCGAUGCCGAAGCAGUCUGUCUGACUUUCACCAUAACAGCAUAACAACUACAGUCUCUCGCUCUCUCUCUCUCUCUCUCUCUCUCUCUCUCUCUGCUCAACAAGGCUAUAAUGCAUCAUAUCACAGUCAUAAUGCUUCAUAAGACUUGUAAGAUGACCUAAUGUCUUUCUGUGGUUUUUAUAAUGCUCCUGACUUGUUGCUGACAGCCGUUUUGACUCCGUCGAUAAGUGGCCUUAUCGAAAGCCAUUAUGACGUCACGAGUUUACGAUGCAUCAUAAGGGCUCCUAUAGAUGCACUAUAAUGUGUUAUACCUGUUGGCGCUCACCUUCUGGCCCUUUAAUGAAGUCUCUCCCUGACUCAACACGUUGAGCCUGUUGAUAAAUCUGUUUUGCACUGUGUGAAAGAAGGAGAAGAAGGAAGUUUUUAUUUAUUCUAGACCUGUUUUAAAGUAGUCUGUAGACCACUGGGAGAAGCUGCUGAGCUACAGACUACGAACCUUUAUUCAUGUGUUCUGUUGUAGACUUCAUUCAGUAGGUCAGAAUUGCAGGUUUUGUAUUUUGCGGAGGUUUCACAACGUGGAAUUAGAAUGAAUGUAUUGAAAUGAAUGAAUUGUUAUUCAUUGAUCACUCCUGGUAACAGUUGGACUGCAGUGAUCGUGUGUGUCCACUAGGUGGGGCUGUUGAGGUCUGUAGCUUUCGUAGCAGGACCACAGUGGUUGUGGGGAUUGAAAUGAAGUUUAUUUAUGACAGUCUAUACAACAUGUACAUGGCCAGGGGUUUCUCCUGACAUAACCAGGGAAACCUCUGGGCUCGGGUUGGGCGGUAUCCACACUUCCAUGCUGUUUCUGUACCAUACUGGGGCGUACGGUACUACCAGAAGUCCACACAAGGGACUCUAUUUCAAACUAUUAUUAUUAUUUUAAACAUUUUACAGUAUGGAAAAUCAUACCGUGGGUAUUUUGAAAUACCCCGGUAUACGGUAUAUCGGCCAAGCCUACUCUGGACCCUCAUUAUAUACUACUGCCUGUAUAGUGAUGUUAUGGUACCUACCCAGAACUCUGCUUGUGUUCUAGAUGGAACUCUAUAUAGUUCACUAUAUAUCUCUCUGUCUCUGUCUGUCUCUCUCUCUGUGUCUUUCGCUCUCUGUGUCUGUCUCUCUCUCUGUCUGUCUCUCUGUCUGUCUCUCUAUCUGUCCCUGUCUCUCUCUCUCUCUCUGUCUCUCUCGUAGGGUGCCAUUUGGGACACAGUCUCUUUAUUUUUUCUCUAGAUGUUUUGCACUCUGACCUCCUACUAUAGAAACAUAUACAUUUACAUUGUCAAUGUAAAAAUCAACGCUGUGUUUCCCUGAUGUGAAAACAUAUGUCCAUCUGAAUGACAACAUGCAGACUGGGUGGGCUCUGGUCAGAAGUAGUGCAUUGUAUUGGGAAUAGGGUGCCAUUUGGGAUACAGAUGGUCUGUUUGAAUUUCAGUUGGUGUGUCAGUCAUUGCUGGCCAGGAUGCCAGAUAUGUUUGUUGUGACUGUCUGUGCAGAAGCUGGCUAGUGCAGAGACGGGCCUGGCAACCCGGCUGGAUCCUUUUAAACAGGGAUGACUAAUCGUCUCUACAAAAGGUCUGCUGUAUUGCCUGGCUACCCAAACUCCCCAACGAUUUCUAGAAUGGAAAUCCAUACUAGACCGUCUGAUUGGUCCAACCCGUCGGUUUCUGGGACCAGAGCCAGAACACAUGUGGCUAUAGCUUUGUUUUGAUACUCUGAUUGGUUAGAGAUGAUCCAAUCGCUGAUGACUUUGUUUUGUAUGAUCAUGUGGAGCAAAUCAACUAGUUUUUCUAGAUAUUUCUGACAUGAUUUCAAAUCUGUUUUGACACUUUGCCUCAGGUCACUGGAUGAUUUAGUCUGCAUCUGAAAUGGCACCCUAUUCCCUAUGUAGGGCUCUGGUCUGAAGUAGUGCACUAUGUAGGGAAUAGGGUGCCAUUUGGGACGUUAGUUUACUGUCUCUUGCUUUUUGUUUGUUUUUGUACAGUUCUAGAUGUUCAGUAAAGAUUUUCCUGUUUUUGUAACUAUUUGAAAACCCCGUUUUGUGAACUAAUAAAGUGAUGUAUUAA